AUGUCAAACCGAUCGUCACGAAGUCCUCUCAGGAUUUCCCCAGCGCCUUUCACACCCUCGCUGCUUUCAAUUCCUCCAUCGCCAUUCUCUCCACGCACACCUCUUACAGCGAAUCUCCCGUCCCGGUACCAAUCCCGACAGAAUGACUCUGCAAUCUACCCACAGCCUGCGAUCAACGCACCACCAAGCCCCUUAUCCUGGGUAUGGUCCUGCCACCAAUGCCACCGCAACUACCGUCUGGGCGUAACACGACGCUGUCUCGACGACGGCCACGAGUUCUGCAGCGGCACCACCACAAUCAAGAACUGGCGAAAGUCGACGAACCCACGACGCGCAAAGAAGCAUCGAGCCUGCGGCAGCGAAUUCGACUAUUCGGGCUGGAAAACGUGGGGGCGAUGGCGAAGAGGCGGAACAAAGAAUACCACUCUAAACCAGUUCAAUAACGACCCCGUAGUCGUCUCGCAAACACCCAGCCAGGGAAAGAAAGACUGCUGGAACACAUGCGAGUACCCGUCUGAAUGCCGGUGGGGCAAGAAAUACGGUGUCCACACGCCUGUAGAGACUACUUUCCCUACCUUGCAAGUCAGUAACAGCAUGUCUACGCUUACUGCUCCCGUGACCAAUACAAUGUUUGAAGGCAUCCUCAAGCCCGAGAACUGCAAGAGCCUUAAGAGGUCGAUGGAGCAUGAAAAGGCUACUUUCUGGGGCGCGCUACUUGCGAGCGCUGAGCGCAGGAAGAGUGUGGAUUCCGGAAUGCAUGCUUCGUCGCCUCUUUCAACCGUUGUGGAGGAAGCGGAGGGCGAUGAGCAACAAGGAGGCGAGCUGAUGGGGCUGAAUAGGGAUGCUGAUGGCGAUGUUAUCAUGGAAAAUGCUGAUUCUGCUGUACUGGAGAAGCCUGUUGCUCCUUCUUCUUCUUUGUCAAAAAUGUCGGAUAUCAAAUCGCCGGUUAAUUCGCUCAUGGGGUUGAUUAGCAAGAGGAGGUAUCGUCGGGAAAGAGUACCCGCGUGUUCAGAGUCGCAAGGUAAUAAAGACCAGGCAUAUACGGUGCUGGUGGUUGCUACACCACCGCCACCGGUUGCGGUGAAGAACGAGGAAAAAGUAGGAUGGAUGGUUCCGCAGGUAUUGCUGGAGGAGCUGGAGCCGCUGAGUAGGGUGAGGAGUAGGAGGAGAUGA